GAAUGGUGCUGCCCCCUUGCACCGACAGACGUACAAAUGACGGUGGCCAGGCGGCAGGGCGACGUAGUGCAUGCCAAGGGUCCCUACUUGAACGACGUUACGGCGUGGAACGAAGGUACCUUGAGUGAAUCCGCAGUGGUGAAGGAAGAGCUAGAAUCCCUCGGGAUGCCUUCGCCACUGGAAGAGCUCAUGACGCAGUGGGGUGACCUGGAGGACAUCAUCAACACGAUGCGAACGCCAAGCCAGAGCAUCGACGAGCUCAUUUCCGCCCUCGAGGCUAUCGACUUCUCCAGCAUGCUGGAAACUCCAGAAGGGGCGUGGGACCAUCUCUCAGGCGACAACGAAGACAAUUGCAACCAACGGGGGCGGUCGAGAGCCAGCUCCACGUUCGACGAGGACGACGCCGCGCCGUUCUCCGUGGCAUUUACGAUGGAAGAUAUUCAGAGCUCAUGGGGGGAAGAAGUUCUCGCUAGUAACUUGCUGCAUAUUCCCAAGCGCGAGCGUGCGAUGGCCAGGACAAUCGUGCUGAACCUCCUUCGGAUGUUCCUGCCACGCUUCGAUUCGUCGUACAAGAUGCUGUCCGAAUCGCAUCUCGUGCAGCUCAUUCAAUGCGCCAACAGGAUCCUCGGUGCAUUUCUGCCGUGAAACCCUUGUUGAAUGUCGUUUUUUCUAGUUAUUUGAGCGCAAUGUCAUCUUAUCGUUAUGUUUC